UCCUCUGAAUUGGCCUGGUUUAAAAGUAAAAUAAUUUAAAAAACUGCUAAAAUGUUGACGGACGAUGAUGACUUUUUCUACGAGGAUAAAAUAGUCAGGCCUCCUAGUGAAACAACUGCUGAUCCGGUGCUCAUCCAAUUAGAUGAAAAUUGCACGGCUGACUUUGAGGUUGCAAAAUGCAAUGCGGAAACAGCUGUGACUGCGAAGUCCUCACACGACACCUGGCGGGCUGAAAGCGAAACUGCAGUGCUGUGCACUGGCUUCGAUCUGGCAACUGAGAGAUAUGGACAGAUGCAUAGACAGAAAUAUGAGUUAGAUCGGUUGGGCAUGACUGUGACCACGAAUGCGGUUGUCAUCACCAAGGAUCAGAGCAACUUGAUUGGCAUCAGCAUCGGAGGAGGAGCGCCCAUGUGUCCAUGUCUCUAUAUAGUACAGGUCUUUGAUGGAACUCCUGCGGCACGCGAAGGUUCUCUGCAGUCUGGCGAUGAGCUGCUGGCCGUCAACUCAGCCAGCGUCAAGGGAAAAACCAAAGUCGAGGUGGCCAAAAUGAUACAGACUGCCACCGAUGAGGUGACCAUACACUAUAACAAACUGCACGCAGAUCCAGAGCAGGGCAAAACACUUGACAUCAUAUUGAAGAAACUGAAGCAUCGCAUUGUGGACAAUUUGUCAAGCAACACAGCAGAUACUUUGGGUCUGUCUCGUGCCAUAUUGUGCAAUGAUUCGCUGGUCAAGCGACUGGAGGAGCUGGAGGGCACCGAGUUGAUGUACAAAGGUCUCGUGGAGCAUGCGCGUCGCAUGCUGAAAGCUUACUAUGAUCUGCUGCAGACGUACAAAUCUUUUGGGGAUUGCUUCACACAGAUCUCGGCACACGAACCGCAGCAACGCGCCUCCGAAGCGUUUCGCACUUUUGGCGAAUUCCAUCGCUCGCUGGAAAAAGAUGGAUUAACCAUAAUCAAGCAGAUUAAACCAGUGCUUGCUGAUCUAGGCACUUAUCUGAAUAAAGCCAUUCCGGACACGAAGUUAACGGUGCGUCGCUAUGCGGAUGCCAAGUUUACAUAUCUCUCGUAUUGUCUGAAGGUCAAGGAAAUGGAUGACGAGGAACAUGGCUUUGCAGCGCUACAGGAGCCGCUCUAUCGCGUCGAGACGGGCAACUAUGAGUAUCGUUUGAUCCUGCGCUGCCGGCAAGAUGCACGCUCCAAGUUUGCCAAACUGCGCACCGAUGUACUGGAGAAGAUGGAACUGCUGGAAUGCAAGCAUGCCAUGGAUCUGAACAAACAGCUGCGCAGCCUGCUCGAAAGUUUGGCGGAACUGCAUCGUAGUUUGGUGGAGCGACUGGAAUCGUUGCCGCCGCUGUUUCCCAUUGAAGUGGACUUUAAGGAGACCGAUUUUCAGUAUAAGUCCAGCACACUUAAACCACAGGAGCUGGACGAUGAUGAGAUUCAGGCCAUGGACAGCGCACGCCAAACAAAAGUUGUCUAUGGCAUUGAUGCAGUGGAGCAGCCAGCGCCCAUUAUCAAUGUGGCGACCAAGGAGACGGUUGCAAAUACCACUGAGUCGAGUUGCAACGAAAAUGAAACGCUGCUCAAGGAGCUGGGAUUACACGACAUUGAUUUGUUGUCAAAUCCGCAGACAAUUAGCAAUCAAAAGGAUUCGAUUUCCGCACAAAACGAUGGCUACGAUUUUGAUCUGUUUCUUAAUCAGGCAAAUGCCACCACGAGCUUAGAACGUGACCUGAUGUCGGCAAAUGCUUCCGAAACCGAUUUACUUUUACAAUGAGCUCCUUUCGCUGUUUUUAAUGUACAAAUAAAAUGUGUGUAUAAAUUAA